CUGCAGCACGCCGAGCGGAGCUGACGGAAAAUACUUUUUACAGCAAGUCAAUCCAUCCUGCAUCAGCUGAAAUGCUGCUGAGAAGAAGCCGACAUGUCCAAAUACUUCCAUUUCUCAUCGCAGUCUGCCGGCUCACUCUGGCCUUCCCUACACAAAAUCCCUCUGCAUCUGAUGAUGACGUCCAGCUCCAGGUGAACAUCCCUCACUCAGGUCCAGUUUCCGCCCCGCUGGGCAGCUCCAUCUCCAUCCCCUGCUUGGUGACUCUUUCCUCCUCCUCCUCUAUUUCACCGCGGGUCAAGUGGACCGUGGUGUCCGGUGGCGUGGAGACACAGAUCUUAGUGGCGCGGGGUCAAAGGGUGAAGGUCAACGAGGCGUAUAGAGACCGCGCUGCCUGGCUCAACUACACUUCCUCCCCUGAUGAUCUGUCGCUCUGGCUCGGAGAUUUGCGUUCCAGUGACUCGGGUCACUAUCGCUGCGAGGUGCAGCAGGGCCUGGAGGACGCCAGCGACCUUGUACAGCUCAAGGUCAAAGGUGUUGUAUUCCACUACAGAGAUGCUUUGGGUCGCUAUGCGUUUUCCUUCCACCAGGCCCAGAGAGCCUGUGAGGCCAUUGGGGCACAAGUUGCAACUCCUGACCAGCUGCUGGCGGCUUAUUAUGACGGCUACGAGCAGUGUGAUGCAGGCUGGCUGGCAGACCAGUCUGUCAGGUAUCCAAUCCAAGUGCCCCGUGAAGGCUGUUACGGAGAUAUGGACGGCCAACCAGGAGUGAGAAACUACGGGACGAUGCACCCAGAUGAUCUGUUUGAUGUUUACUGUUAUGUGGAGGAAACUGACGGGGAGUUGUUUCAUGACCCCGUCCCGCAGCACUUGGCAUUUGAUGAAGCGCAGUCAUACUGCAGAGCAGCAGGAGCAGAGCUGGCUACAACUGCACAGCUGUACUUGGCAUGGAGUGAAGGUCUGGACCGCUGCAGCCCCGGCUGGCUGUCUGAUGGUAGCGUGCGCUAUCCCAUCAUAACCCCUCGGGAUCGCUGCGGAGGGCCUCAGCCUGGUGUCAAAACUAUCUACCGCUUCAGCAACCAGACUGGCUUCCCAGAGCCAUCAAGCCUUCAUGACGUGCAUUGUUUCAAAGAUAAUAGAAAUACUCCCACUGAUUUUCCGGACUACGUAGCCACAGAGCCUGAGGACAUUGGACAAGAUGUUGUUAUUCUUAAGGAAACAGAUCAAGAGCUGCAACUGAACCAGCAUGCAAAACAAGUGGAGCUCAAAGCUCAUUGGGUUGAAUCUUUUCCCAUUUUGCCGACAUUUUCUCCUGAGGAAAACCGUGUUGACACACAUCAGAAAGUUGAACCAGACACAAAAGAGUCUCCUCUCAACACCACACCUACACUGGACCUCCUCCAGACAUUGAUUGAAACUUCAUCUCCGACAGAAAUGAGCUCCCAGGAUCCGACAGCUCUGAUGAACAGCACUAUCAGCACCACAGAAACCUACGACUCCCCUCGAAACAUGUCUUUACUGCCGAGUGUUUACAAUGAGACAAAUUCUGCCCACAACUUGAACUCCAGCUUUAACCAAUCUGAGUCUGAAAGCAGCACAAGGUUUCCCGAAACAACUUAUGAACCUCACACACACAACCAGACAGUUCAUCCUGAAGAGAUUACAUCAGAGAGCCCGGCGGACUCCCAAGAAACACAAGAGCCCAGUUUGCUUUUUGACAGCUUCCAAGCAAAUUACAGCGAGACUGACAGCAAUCACACUCAGGAGGAGAGUUUCUGGGAGGUGACCUCUAUGACCCUUGACCCUGUGGGUCUAGAGGAGACGGCAGAAGAAGAUCCUAUACAGGUGUUUCUCUCAACUCAGGCCUCAAAAGAAGAACUUGUAACGCAAUCAGCUCAAACCACAAAAUCUUCCAUCAUGGAGCUAACAUCAAUGUGGGCCAAUGUGGACGGGUCUGGAGAUGUUUCUCAAGAGAGUGAACUCGACAUCAAAGCAGUCAGCUUCAUCCCCACAUCAGAUUCUUCGCCUUCCAGCUUCACCACUCAUGAGUCACCCUCUGCUUCAUCUAGCAGUGCCUCUUCUGAUCCUCAGACUGCUCUCCCCGAUCCGACCCUCUCAUCUGGUCCACGUUAUUCUGACAAACUGGGCUUGGACAUCCUCUCCACAGCACCACAGCUGUGGGAGUCCCCCAAUUCUAGACAGGAGGGAAGUACCAGCUUAGAAAUCGAAGACACGGUCACUCUGGAAAGUGAAGGAAAACAGCUGCACCCGACAAAGUCAGAAGACAACCUGGUUUCUGGAGUAAGUUUAGCCACCACUGAGUCUCAAGGUGGGUUGAACACCUCCCAGCUGCCUACUGAAUCCUCCACAGCACGGUACCACACAUCAGAUUACAUAGUGUAUUUGGAUAGUACAACCACUGGGUAUGAAGAGGCAAGUGGACAUGAACUCGCUACAGUUAAUGCAAUGCUGGGAGUAGACGUUAAAGUCGCUCCAACCAUUGAAGAGAAUGUUACAGUUAGCCAAAUCUUUGAAGAAGAAAAUAAAGUUACCCCAACUAUUAAAGAGGAAGUUACGGUUACCCCAACCCAUGAAGAAGAAAUCGAACUUUCCACAACUCUUCAAGAGAAAAAUCAAACUUUCUUCUCACUGGAAGAAGAGGCUAACGUCGCCCCAAUCCUUGAAAAAGAGGUUAACAUUACUUUAACCCUUGAAGAAGGAGCUAGCGCUGCCCCAACCCUUGAUAAAGAAACUACUAUUUCCCCAACCCUUGCCUUUGAAGAAGAAGCUCAUGUUGCCCCAGUCCUUGUGAAAGAAGCUAGCAUUGCCCCAACCCUUGAAAAAGCAGUUACUGUUGACCCAACUCUGGAAGAAGAAGCCAGUGCUGCACCAACCCUUGUCCUUGAAGAAGAAGCUAACAUUACCCCAACAGAAAAAGAAGAAGAAGCUAACACUGCCCCAAUCUUUGUGAAAGAAAUUAUCAUUGACCCUACAGAAGAAGAAGAAGAAGCUAAAGUUGCCCCAACAGUCGAAGAAGAAGCUAGCAUAGCUCCAACAGCUGAAGAAGACGUUACUAUUGCCCCAACGGUAGAGGCAGAAGCUAAUGUUGAAUCAUCAGAUGAAGAAGAAGCUAAUGGUGCACCAACAGAUGAAGAAGAUGCUAGCAUAGCUCCAACAGUUGAAGAAGACGUUACCGUUGCCCCAACAGUAGAGGAAGAAGCUAAUGGUGAAUCAUCAGAUGAAGAAGAAGCUAAUGGUGUAUCAAUAGAUGAAGAAGGAACUAGCGUAGCUCCAACCCUGGAAGAGGACUUUACCGUCUUUCCUCUCGAUUCACAAACAUCUAACUGGGCUCUUCUGACCACCACUACUGGACCCCAGGAAUCACUGAAUCAUCUAGAGUACAGUUCAAAACAUUCCUCCAUCACCUCCACGGCAGCUCCAGAUUCCCCCUCAAGCACAAAACCCACUCCGGCUCCCAAAAAGACGACCACCACCACCACCACAACCACCACGCACUGGUCCAGACGCAGCUGGAGCCCCACCACCUCGGCUCCGAAUGUUUUCCACAAGACCUUCAUGCCGCCAGUGGAUCAAGGUCUGGUGGAUGUUGAGUUUAGUCUCACGCAGCCGCCCACGCUGCUUAUCUUGCCCAAUGAGAGGGCGGCUGUAGGCGGUGCAGGGAAAGCUUCAGAUGCUUGUUUGGACGACCCCUGUCUCAAUGGAGGCACGUGUACUGACAGAGACGGACAGAUUCAGUGUCUCUGUUUGCCAACAUAUGGAGGAGAUUUCUGUCAGACCGACCUGGAGCGAUGUGAACCGGGCUGGGAUAAGUUCCACGGUUUCUGCUACCGGCACUUCAGCCAGCGUCUGAGCUGGGAGGUUGCAGAGCAGCACUGCCGUAUGCUGGGAGCUCAUCUAGUGUCCAUCUUAACCCCCGAGGAGCAGAAUUACAUCAACAACAACUACAAAGAAUAUCAAUGGACUGGAUUGAAUGAUAAAACCAUUGAGGAUGAUUUUCAAUGGUCUGAUGGAAACCCACUGCUGUAUGAGAACUGGUACAGAGGGCAGCCUGACAGUUAUUUCCUGUCCGGUGAAGACUGUGUGGUGAUGGUGUGGCACGAUGACGGACGCUGGAGUGACGUACCCUGCAACUACCACCUCGCAUACACCUGCAAGAAAGGCACCUCUUCAUGUGGCCCACCACCCAAAGUCAGAAACACCUCCAUCUUUGGAAAAGUUCGACAGAGAUACGAGACCAAUGCAGUUGUGCGUUAUCACUGCACUGACGGUUUCCAGCAAAGACUGAAUCCUGUGAUCAGGUGUCUAUCUGAAGGCAGGUGGGAGAGGCCCCAGAUCCUGUGUGUCCCUGAGUCCGGAGGUCCAGACCAACACCCUGAAGUGACGUCAUACACCAACAGCAACUUUGCUGCUGCCGAAGACGAUUUUGAAGCCACUAAAGAGACACCGCAGUACUGGGACAUCAAGUUUUAAGAAAUGUCAGCCAUGCUUUCCUUCCUCGUCUUCCUUCCUUACAUUCUGCUGUUGUAACAUGAAAAAGGGUGCCAAGAAUCAAAUGCUUUUUACCAAUGAAUGAACGCUCACACAGGACAAAAUAACCACAAACUGAAGCCAAGAAACCUGAGUGAACAGACAGGCUUUGCUUUAUUUUAAUGUUGUAAAACUUUCCUACUUUUUAAUGUCCUUUACAAUAUUUUCUACUGAAUUUUGGCUUAAUGUAGUGAGCGAAGAAGAGGUUUGAAAGAAAAAAUUCAUUAAAUGUGUGUCUCCAAAAGUAUCCAGUAAGAAUGGUUCUCUUUGUGGUUUUUGUUUUAUCAGGAACCUUUUUUUAAAAAAAAAAAUGGUGCUAUUGUCUUUAAAACCUUUGUCUCCAACACAGAUAUUUGUUUUCCUAACAACUCCAAAGCACAAAGUCAAUCUGAACUAAUAGUCAAUAAGUACUGUACAUAUAUUCCUUUUUCACACCUGUGGUUAUUGCUGUCUGCAUUCUUCUGAAGAGAAACCUUUUAUUUCCAGCAGACGCAGUUUUGUUCAUCAGCUUUAUGUUGUAAUAAAGUUUUGUAGAACAGAACGAAGAAUAAAUCGUUCUCUUAUUUUACCCUCA